AGCCUCGAGCCCGAGGUGCAGGGCCAGGGACACCUACGGUUACACCGUCCAACUCGCAGUGACACACCGACCGGCCCCAGUACGCUGUAGCCUCCACGUGGGGAGGACGACCCGGGGAGCGCGGCUGGGAUGAGCCCCGUCCACUCACUUGGGCCACCGCGCUACGGGGCCCGGCCGCGGGAGGUGGCCCGGGGCUGGGGGUGGGGAUGUUAAUUCCCUACCAUCGCCCCCGGCUGUCCCGGGCUCAAAAGUAGCCCAAGAGUCCCGCCCCGAGACGGCACUCCUGGAGGAUGUCUCUGGAGUUGGGCGGUGAGGUCUGAAGGAGCGCGCCUCAGUUUCCCGGCAAAAGGCAAGAAAACACUUGGUAGUCUCUCGGGUCGCCCAGGGCGACAGGGCCGUCCCGGGCCGGGGGCGAGGCGGCCGCGCGGGGGUGCUGGUGCCGCGCGCGCCGAGGCCGAGGUUGCCCCGCCCCGCCCCGGUGCGAUAUCGUGGACUCCUCCUCCUCCUUGUCGGCUCCCUCCCCUGCCGCACACAUCUCCGGGAACCCAGCCCAGACCCUGCCUCCCGGACACACCGCCGCUCACGUAGGCCGGUGGCUCAGAUGCAGCGAACGAGCUGGGGCAGGGGCUCUUCUGCGGCCCCGAAGGGUGCUAGCCCGUUCAUCUAGCCCAAUGAUGGCUGUGGACAUAGAAUACAGAUACAACUGCAUGGCCCCAUCCUUGCGCCGGGAGAGGUUUGCCUUCAAGAUCUCGCCAAAGCCAAGCAAACCACUGAGGCCUUGUAUUCAGCUGGGCAGCAAGAAUGAAGCCAGUGGAAUGGUGGCCCCAGCCGUCCAGGAGAAAAAGGUGAAAAAGCGGGUGUCCUUUGCAGACAACCAAGGGCUGGCCCUGACAAUGGUCAAAGUGUUCUCAGAAUUCGAUGACCCGUUAGAUAUCCCAUUUAACAUCACCGAGCUCCUAGACAACAUCGUGAGCUUGACGACAGCAGAGAGUGAGAGCUUUGUUCUGGAUUUUUCCCAGCCCUCUGCAGAUUACUUAGACUUUAGAAAUCGACUUCAGGCUGACCAUGUCUGCCUUGAGAACUGUGUGCUGAAGGACAAAGCCAUCUCGGGCACCGUGAAGGUUCAGAACCUUGCAUUUGAGAAAAGUGUGAAAAUAAGGAUGACGUUUGACACUUGGAAAAGCUUCACAGACUUCCCUUGUCAGUAUGUGAAGGACACUUAUGCCAGUUCAGACAGGGACACAUUCUCCUUCGACAUAAGCUUGCCUGAGAAGAUUCAGUCUUAUGAGAGAAUGGAGUUCGCGGUGUGCUACGAGUGCAGUGGUCAGACGUACUGGGACAGCAAUGGGGGCAAAAACUACAGGAUCAUCCGGGCCGAGUUAAAAUCUACUCAGGGCACGGGUGAGCCACGCAAUGGACCGGAUUUGGGGAUAUCCUUUGACCAGUUUGGAAGCCCACGGUGUUCCUACGGUCUGUUUCCAGAGUGGCCUAGUUACUUAGGAUAUGAAAAGCUGGGGCCCUAUUAUUAGGGACUGCGGGUGACAAAGUGUGGCAGAGCUGCUGCUGACAAGCCGGGCUCCACUCACCGAGAAGGAGGCGGACCCAAAGGAAGAGCAACGUGGAACUGCCAUGAGGCACAGUUUUGGAAAAGAAAGGAUCCUAUGCACUUUUUCCUUAAACUAGCAAACCCAGCCAGGUUCAGAUCACAGAACCGGUUUCUCACUCAGAGCAGAGGUGGGGUGUGCUGGUCGGCUUUGGCACCGGGGCAGCCAUGAGAGUGUGAGCAGGGUGCUGCCAGAGACAAUCUGGAUGGGACCCAAGCCUGCAGCAGUGCCAGCCAGGCUGGAGGGGCCUCGCCUGUCCUUUCCAGUCGGAUGUGGAGUGCCAGUCACCCCAAAGUUGCCGAGCCCCAGGCACCUCCAGGCAGACCCCCAUUCAUCUUUGAGUGUCUCCUGCAGCUGGGCUAGCACAUGGCUGCUGCUGUUCCACCUCUGCACAACUUCACGUUUUAUCAAUGUGCUGUGACACGUCGACCUGAUGUUGCACGCUUCUGGUGCAGCUGCAGAAAGAAAUGGGAUCUCCUUUUUUAUUUUUAUUUUUUUGAAAGUUCUCUCUCUUUUUGUUUUUCUUUUAUAUUCUCCCAUGGUUCGUCCAGUGUUCAGGAAAAGAUAAUAAACACAAAUUAACCUGUGACUGACACAGGCAUUUCCUCUCAUCCCCUCCUGACCCACUCGUGCAGACAGCAUGCAACACACCGUUAUCCAAAGCCACUGUCUCCUGAAUGAUGUCACAGAUUGCAGGGUUAUGACAGUCAUGGGUGGGACACUUUUAGCUUUUCCUUUCAGCUUUUGGAGAAGCUUUCUAAGUACUCACUUUUAUCCUGAGUCACAGAAGCCUCGGUUACAAAAUUGAACCUGCUUGGCUGGUUGACAAGUGUCUCAUUCUUUACAAGAGAAUAUUUGAUCUCCUUUCCUGGAGAGUCAUCUUUUAUGCUGGGUUUAGAACGUUUGAUUUGUAGAUCCAGUGUAUCCUCAAAGCAUUCAGAAAAUGUUUGGUUUUAUUUUGACUGGGAUUUACAACAUCCAGGACAUUUUACAAGUACCCAGGAACAUUGAUUUGGGGGUUCUUUUAUUUAUGAUAUGUGAGUAUGGAAAGGGAUAGGUGAGAAAAACCUCAUCGAGUUCUUGUACGUUAUUUUAAAUGUUUGCCAACUCUGAAAUAUCAGAGAUUAAUUGUUCUUACCCAUAUUGGACUAGUGUCUGUUGGUGAAUGCUAUUAUAAAAGAGACUCUUGGGACAUUCAUUUUCAGAUGGAUCCCCCAAACCUGUGAUUUUCCUUGAGCAAGAUUGGUUUUUACUUAGGUGUAUUUUAAAAAUAUUUUUACAUAUAUAUUUGUAGAAAGUUGGAGGUUUUUUUCUGUUUGUUUAUUUUGGGUGUUUGGUGAAAUAACUUUCCUUUUCCUCUUUGCCUUAUCUUACUACAGUGAGAGUUUUGCUUAGACAAGCAGAAAGAGGAGUGUACAGUUGCCUAGAUUUGGAGGCACAGCUACUGGGCUUUGCAAGGAAUGAGUCUUGUGCUUGAAUUUUGUAGAUUAAUUGAAAAACACCUGGUGUGUGGUUUUGUUCACCACUGUCGGGCAAGUAUGGAGUGCCUUGGCCCCUUGAGUUCUGUUGUGGGUUUACGUUUUUUUCCAUUUUUGAACUUUAACAUGUUUUGACCUUUUCAAAAUGCUCUGAAGUGGCAUUUGAUGUGAUCCUUGUUCCUAAAACGAGCUGUUACUGGUCUGCAGUCUCGUGCUUAGUUUUUCAUGUCUCUUCCAGAUGGGAGGCACUCUGAAAUUACAUGAUAAUAUAAUUUGGGGAGAAAUCACAUUUGUAUCUUAUGCUGAAAUUGGGCAGAACUAUGUUUAUAUAAGCAUACCACAUACCAAGCAUGUAGACUGUACUUGAAAUGUUAUGAAUUUGGUAAUCAGAACUAUUAAUAGCAUAAAUCUAAAAUGGAAGGAAAACUGA